AUGCCAAUAGCCUUUUCGCUCUUGAGCAGCCUAAGAUUAUUUUCGACUCCUUCCAAUGUGGUUCCUGGGUCAGCUAGUUUUUCGUCCAAAACUUCAUCUUACGCGGUAAAGGUGGGAAUACCGGAGUUUCUGAACGGAGUGGGCAAAGGGGUCGAAGCCCACGUCGAGAAGCUCGAAUCAGAGAUUGGUGACAUCCAGAAGCUGCUUGUCACUCGCACUUUGAGGCUUAAGAAGCUCGGCAUCCCCUGCAAACAAGAUAUUAAUGGCGAUACAAUACAAAAGGGGAGAUUGGGUUCUCUUUCAUGA